AGGUAGCUACAGAGGUUGAUAGAAGGCCACACCUCGGUGUGAGGGGGCAAGAGCUAGGGUCCAGACUCCAAAUUUAGCUCGGCACAGAGCUGGGACAAGCCCGCACGCCGGCAACCUGAUACUGUGGCCCGGACGCCAGACCCUUGCCCAGUGCUGGGUCGGCCUCAGACAGCAGCCGGGAGUGGCGGCCAGCUGGGCAUGUGUGCCCACCUGUCCCGGCCCAUUACCCACAACAGCUGACUGGGUCAGGCUAGGGAGGCCUGGACCCGCCCGUGGAGGGCCUGAGCAGGGGGCGACGGAGAGAGGGCGCUGCGGGCCAAGGCCGGUGAUUGAGGGGUCCAGAAGCGGGGCGCAGAGCUCUGGGCCUCACUUGGAUCCACUGGCUGCGCCGCCUGGCGCGCCUUCCACGCGCACCUACCCGGCGGGUUUCCCAGCCCGGCGCUCCCUCAGUGCCAGUCUCCGCCCGCCCGUGUUGUCAGCCGCGCCCUUCCUUCCCGAGGGCGCCGAGAGGCCCGCCCCGGCCGCAGCGCUCCCAGCGGCGCACUGUCACGUCCCUGGCCUCCCCCGGGCCACCAGACUUCGGUGCGCUGAGUGUUCGCAUGGCGGCGGUGGGGCCGCGGACUGGCCCGGGCUCUGGGGCCGAGGCCUUGGCACUGGCGGCAGAGCUGCAGGGCGAGGCGACGUGUUCCAUCUGUCUGGAGCUCUUCCGAGAGCCCGUGUCCGUCGAGUGCGGCCACAGCUUCUGCCGCUCCUGCAUCGCGCGCUGCUGGGAGCGCCCCGGCGCGGGGUCCGCCGCCGUCCCCCGCUUGCUGCCUUACCCGCUCCCCUGCCCGCAGUGCCGCGAGCCAGCGCGCCCGAGUCAGCUGCGGCCCAACCGGCAGCUGGCCGCCGUGGCCACGCUGCUGCGGCGCUUCAGCCUGCCCUCCGCUGCCCCGGGCGAGCGCGGGACCCAGGAGGCGGCGGUGGCGGCGGCGACUGGGUGCGCGCAGCACGGCGAGCCACUCAAGCUCUACUGCCAGGACGACGGAUGCGCCAUAUGCGUGGUGUGCGACCGCGCCCGCGAGCACCGCGAGCACGCGGUGGUACCGCUCGGUGAGGCUGUGCAGGAGGCUAAGGAGCUCCUAGAGUCCAGGCUGAAGGUCUUGAAGAGUGAUCUGGAGGACUAUGAGAUGUUUCGUUCCACGGAAGAGAAGGAGGGCAAGGAGCUCCUGAAGCAGAUGGCUGCUGAGCGAGAGAAGGUGGGGGCCGAGUUUCAGGCACUGCGGGCCUUCCUGGUGGAGCAGGAGGGCCGACUCCUGGGCCGUCUGGAGGAGCUGUCCCGGGAGGUGACACAGAAGCAGAAUGAGAACCUGGCUCAGCUUGGGGGCGAGAUCACCCAGCUAUCCAAGCUCAGCAGCCAGAUCCAGGAGACAGCACGAAAGCCUGACCUUGACUUUCUCCAGGAAUUCAAAAACACAAUAAGCAGGUGCAGCAAUGUGCCUGCCCCCAAGCCAAGCACAGUCUCUUCUGAGAUGAAGAAUAAAGUCUGGAAUGUUUCCCUCAAGACCUUUGUCUUAAAGGGGCUGCUCAAGAAGUUCAAAGAGGAUCUUCGAGAAGAGCUGGAGAAAGAGGAGAAAGUGGAGUUGACCUUGGAUCCUGACACUGCCAAUCCCCGCCUCAUCCUCUCUCUGGAUCUUAAGAGCGUGCGCCUUGGACAACGAGCCCAGGACCUGCCCAGCCACCCGCGUCGCUUUGAUACCAACACCCGAGUGCUGGCGUCUUGCGGCUUCUCCUCUGGGCGGCACCACUGGGAGGUGGAAGUGGGCUCCCAGGAUGGCUGGGCCUUUGGCGUGGCCCGUGAGAGCGUGCGACGCAAGGGCCUCACACCCUUCACUCCUGAGGAGGGCGUGUGGGCGCUGCAGCUCAAUGGCGGGCAGUACUGGGCUGUGACCAGCCCUGAGCGGACACCCCUCAGCUGCGGCCACCUGUCCCGUGUGAGGGUGGCGCUGGACCUGGAGGUGGGGGCCGUGUCCUUCUACGCCACUGAGGACAUGCGCCACCUCUAUACCUUUCGUGUCAAGUUCCAAGAACGUGUGUUCCCCCUUUUCUCUGUCUGCUCCACUGGCACCUACUUGCGAAUCUGGCCUUGAGGGACAUUGCAGGCCUCCCAGAGAGGGGGCAGUCAGUCAAGGGCGAACGCAUUCUCCUGGCUGCCCAUGGGAAGGAAUGCUGUUCUCCACCGGAGCUGCCUGGUCACCUUGGGUCUGCCCUUCCCUCUCCUGCCACAGGUUGCCUUAGAGAGGCUUCUGGAGACCCAGCCGCAGAGGCAUGAGACUGCAAGGUGGGAAAGAAGCCCCUGUGUUCAACCAAGCAGAGGAAGGGAUGCUUUGGAUCCCCAGGCCUGUCCCCUACCUGUUGUUCUGGCAUGCAGAUUUGGUACCAGCUGUGAGGAGGUGGAGGCCUAUGAGCGCUGGAGCCCCAUGUUGACAGGGGUGCUUCCUUUCACUGGGGCUUACUGCCUAGACUCAGCAAGACCUCUGGCUCCCUGGAACAACACCAAACCCUGGUCCUGUGCUGUCUCAGUUCCAAGGGCAAUGUUUGGGGCCAGGCCAAGUAUGUUCAUGAUCACUUCUGUUUUGCCUUCUUGUCAACUGUCAGCUCUGGCUUCAGAGACCUGAAUCCAGCUGGUCUGACCAAUCGUCCACUCAGGGAGGAGCCUCCCAGCUCCGAGGACAGUCUGGGUCAGAGCUGGAAGGAGACCCUUGACCUGUGCAUGAGGGAACAGCUCCAGACAACAUUCUGUAGGCAUGGCUACCCUCUAAGACCCCUAAACUGAUGAUACAAAGUGAUAUGUCCAUCCUUAGCCACAGUGAUAACCACGUGUUCUCACAGAUACCUAAAUCCCUCUCAAGUGCCAAAGUACAGUCUUUCUGGGUAAGGAGACCAAAGGUUCUGGAAUUUUGAAACACAGGAGAGCACAUAUAAUUUUACAAAUGUAACUAACACAAGCAUGGAAAUGCAGAGCACAAACAUGCCCCUGACAGAUUCUUUCUGGAACUUGCCAAAUGUAUGCUAACAGCAGAGGACCCUGGUGCCAAGGCUAGCUUGGCCUGUGCCCUGGUGGUUGCUAUCACCUUGGCUAAUUGUUCACCAGCUUCUUUUAGGCUAGGCUUCUGGGAGGGCGGUAGUAGGCUCUUCCUUGCUUAGUGCUCCCCAGGGAAGGGAGAUGGAAAUGGAAAUACAGAUUGUGAGCUCAUUUCUACAGUGGCUUAGCUCAUUCUUGACUUUCCCAGUCUGAGUGCAAGAGCACAAGUAUGAGCAGGGAGUUCUGCCAGCCGAGGUGAGCAAGUGUGCUUCUGUGUGUGAGAAAUGCACACACAUGUGUUUAUAUCAGAUUGUGGGGGCAGAGGGAUGUGUAGAUCUUGGAGGGGGCAUGUAUGAGCACAUGCAUAGGGUUUAGGUGUUGAAACAGACCUAGUGCAAUUAGGUUAUACCCUAUUAUUGACUUGUGGUUAAGUAUUAGCCACCCCAUAGUUAGGUGAUGGCCUUAGGUUUCCAACCCCACUAAUUGGCUGCUUGGCUAGAUGAAAGCCAGUUUCAGACCUAAUUCUAUCCUGCCUAGGUUGUUAUGCAGAUGCAGGGACAGUGACAGUCAAGUAGCCUGGCCUGCAAGAAUCAUGGAGCUUUAGUGCUCUGUCCCUUAAGGUGUUUCAAGCACACUUUGCAUACAGGGUUCUUCUAAGGCAGGCAUGGCACUGUUCUGGAGGCGAGCCGAGUGCACACAGCACCGGGCCAUCGGAAUCCAGUGUCCUACAGACUGGGGACAGGACCAUUUAAGAGUUUAGCCUACAGCAGCAUUCCAGAAUGUGAAUUCUAUGCCCUGUUCAUACAUGAAAUGUAGCUCUAGAACACUGUAGCCAGUCAAAGUAUUUGACUACUACUGAAUUCCACAAGGAAAACUCAUUUUAACAUUUAUUUGUUAAUUAAAUGGCCUUUUGUUAUCAUCAAG